GUACAAAUCUGUUUUUAACCAAUCAUAUGAUCAGAACAAGGAUGGCUAACUUUAGAAUGUACACCACGAUCCUGGUAGCAGGCAUGCUAAUCACCGGCUCCCUCAACACCCUCACCAAGAAAGCCCAGAACCAGUCAAGUGCACGUGGGAUCUUCGGAGAGAACCACAAGUUCAACCACCCCUGGUUCCAGACCCUGUUAAUGUUUUACGGGGAGGCGAUAUGUCUGAUUGUUUACGAGUGGCAGAGGAGGAGGGCAAGGAAGGAGCUGGAUAAUCAGAUUCAGGAUAAUGAGGAUAACCCUACUCAAUCUGAACCAGAACGGGUAUUAACGGGUAUAUUCGUAGUACCUACAAUAUGUGAUCUGAUAGGGACCACACUAUCUGGUAUAGGCCUCCUUUACGUCCCUGCGUCUGUGUGGCAGAUGUUACGUGGGGCUAUCAUCAUCUUCGCGGGAAUCUUAUCGGUAAUAUUUCUGAAGCGUAAGAUGUACGCAACUAACUGGAUAGGUAUGGGUGUAGUAAUGGCAGGUCUAGCUACGGUGGGGCUCUCUUCUGUCCUCUCUCAAGGAUCCAGCACAGAUGGAGUAUCUCAUGGGGAGAUGUUAUUGGGAAUAGUACUGAUAUUAUCUGCUCAGCUGGUUAGUGCAUCUCAGAUGAUUGUGGAGGAGAUAUUCAUUAAGAAACACAAUGUUCAGCCAAUACAGGUAGUAGGAAUGGAGGGAUGUUUUGGUGUGUUGUUCAUGACUCUGUUAGUAUUACCAGUAUGUUACUUCAUUCCUGGUAAUGGCCCUCAUGGCAGCUAUGAGAAUUCUUUAGAUGCCAUCUCUCAGAUGUGGAACAACCCGGCUAUAUUGGGGUUCGGAUUAGCUUAUUUGUUCAGCAUAGCAUUCUACAACUACUUUGGACUUUCAGUUACCAAGUCACUGACAGCAGUACACAGGACUCUAAUAGACGCCUGCAGGACUAUGCUAGUCUGGGUUAUAGACCUCAUCAUUCAUUACUGCAUUCUCAGCUCCUACGGGGAAGCUUUUGAUAUGACGUACGGGUUUGUACAGAUUGGCGGGUUUGCUCUGCUCAUGUUAGGAACCCUGCUCUACAACGAGAUUAUCUACAUCAAGUGCAUCGCCUCCCCUCGCACAACUGGGUUUGCUGAGAUAUCAGCUGAUUUCGAGGGAUCACAACCUCUACUUGAUGGCAGUCUCAGAGCUAAUUAGAGGGAUUUAGAGUUCUUGCAGAUAAUGUGCUGCUAAUUAGAUAAUUGGUGCUGAUUCCACGAGUAAAACCACGUAGACGUGGAUUAUGAGCUGAGAUUUGUUGAAAUCAGAAAAUAUAUAUGAAAGUUUCUUGACUUUUUGGUUGGAAACAUGUUGCUUGUAAUUUGAAGACUGAAAGUUAGGAAAUUCGACCCUAGAAUGUAAGGAACAUUCAAACCAGCGAUUCAAACCAGCAUUUUAUAUAUCUUAAAAACUCCCAUAAUUCUCUUAUCUGCCGAGUAAAAUGGAUGUUGCGUAUUGUCUGUACCUACAAACACUCUUUAUCAGUGAUACAAUAAUUAAAAAGAUUAACUUAAAAAAGAAAUGUCGUCCUGGACUGAGAACAUGAAUAAGUACACUUUUCAGAUAAGCCGUGGAAUGUGAACUAAAACUAAAACUAAACACUAAACAUUUCAAAUUAAGGUAUGUAUUAAGAAAUUAGGCUAUUGACUUGUUGACUUGUGGUUGCGAGGUGAACUAUAUUUUUAAAUUCUUGCAUCAAUUCAUGGAUUUGUUCAUCACUGUUGAAUAUGUUAUAUUGUAUGAUAUUUGUGCGAUUUUUAUGAUAAAAAACCAGAUGUAGUGUUAUGAAAUGUGUUAUUUUUGAUUUUUUGUCAUCUUUUUUUGUAUAUUUCGAAUUUGGUAAACUUCA